GCCUUAUUCCUUUCGUGUAAUACUACCACUUGCCACUUGCCACUUGGUGCACACACAUUCAACAGCUGCGCGAGUCUUUUCUGCGACACAAGCGCGUAUUCGCCUUCAACAGCUUGCACAGCAGCACAGGCUGUUGGUACCGGGGAAAGCGCGAGGUGAUGCCAGUCGGCGCAAAGGCUUUGUGAUAAUUUCCCCUGGUAUCGUUCAAAUCUAUCAUCGCUCAGGGCUCGUCGGAGUGCAGACGCUGGCCAUGGACGGCUCAGUGGAGCCUCCGGCCAGGCGGUCCGUGCGCGCCGCUAGCGUGAAGGCAAGCGCCAAAAUAACCAACAUGACAUCAGUUGACGCCAGCAUGAUCGCCGCGAUCGCUGCAUCCGGGAAAGUGAGCAGUACCCGCGGCAAGGCCGCUGCCAAGGCCUCCCGGAGCGGCGGCGGUGGUGGCGCCGCCGGGACAGCGUCAAGGGCCGAGAAGCCAUCCCCGGUCGCUCCCCAACGGAAGCGUGCACGUGGAAAGGGAGACGUGGCCAACAGCGGCAGGCAACCACGUCCGCAGAGCCAGCGCCGCCCAGGCGCCGCCCACUCUGCCGCGCUACAGGCUGCGGGCCCGGCGCAGGACGACACGCUCCCAGAACACGUGGUUGCGGCCUUGGAGGCCGCGGCUGAGGAGGCUAUGGCCAUGGUGACGGGCGUGACGAAAGUGGGCGGGCCCUCCAAACAAACGCGCGGCGCGUGCCGAGCCAGCUCCCGCCGCCCCUCCACCAGCGCUCACGACCGGCAGCAACGUGCGCCGCAGCCUGCGGGAAGCAGCCGCAGCCGUGAGGGUGAGCCUGGGGGCGAGGACGAGGACAAGGUGAGCGGCGAGGAGGAGCACGAUGCGGCCAUGACGAUGUUGCAGUUUUUGAGCGAGGGCUCCGCUGGCUGCCGCACGGCUGGGUCGGACGACGAGGAGGAACCGGCGGAGGAACCGGUGGAGGAACCGCCGUGCGCCAGCGGUGGCCACACAACAGGAGGCGCUGCGGGCGCCGCUGCGUCCACGCGCGCUGGUGCGGCUGCGGGCCCGUCGCAGCAACAUGCGGCGGCAACGGCAGUGGCGCAGCACGGCGCGCUCUCAGAACACGAGGCUGAGGAGGCUGAGGAGGCGGCGGCCAGCGCGAUGGGUGCGGCGAAAGUGGUGCCGCCCCUGCAACCGGAGGACCAACACGCCAACGGCGAGGACGAGGGCGAGGACUAUGACGAGGGCGAGGACUAUGACGAGGACGAGGACGGCGCGCAGGCUGAGCAGGAGAAGCCGGGGCAAGCGGCGCCACCCCCGCCCCCGCAACCGGCGGACGCGGGCAGAGGGCGCGGCAAACCCGUCCGCCCCGCCACCAACAACAAGCGCAAGCAACGCAAUCCGCAGGCGGUGCGAGGAGACCCCCGCACGGCGGAAGCGGCGGCAGCGGAGGAAGCGGAGGAAGCGGAGGAAGCGGCGGCAGCGGCAGCGGCGGAGGAGGCUCGGGCGCGGGCUCAGCGCAACAACACUGCCGGUUCGCUCCAGCAGUUGCUGCUGCCAGCGUUCCACAACCUGUACACAACCAACGUGCUUGCCGUGAGCGCUGUGCUGCUGACUUCUGCCUGGCACAAGGGACUGGCAUCCGGAGUGAGCGACCCCGUCAACGCCGCCUUCUUCGGUGGCGGCAGCAACAUGCCAUCCAUCGUGCGCUUACAUCUCAGCGAGGCGCUCGCCCACCUGGCCUCCAUGCCACCCCACGUGCACGCGCUCGGCCCAGCGCUAGCCGUGACCUUGGCCUACAACACCUGCCACGGCCCAGGGGUCACGCCGACCGCCUUGCUGGACCUGGUAGGGCACCUGGCCACGCACAUCCCGCUGGAGGCGCUGGUCGUGGCCGGCCUGGUCACCCACGGCGCCUGGAUACACGCCGCCGGCACCACCAUCGGCCUCCUCCACUCCGCCGUGUGGUGGCUGAGCAGAGCCAGCUACGAACCCGCCUGCCGCGACGCCUGGAGCGCCUCCACCGUCUCGGACCUGCUGCACUCAGCGCACGCGCUCGGCCAGCCCCUCCCCGCCCCCUCCCCUCCCCAUCCCCUCCCCGCCACCGGCCACCAGCUGGUGGGGUCCAUGCUGCGCACCCGCGCAGGCUUCUCCGCCCUGGCCUCCAUGCUGCACGACGGCCCGGAGCCGGCCAUGUGCCACAUCCGCGACUCGCUGCCCCCCAGCGUCGCCAAGCAGGUCAACGACCUCUUUAGCAGCUCCCUGCUGGGCUGCACCAGCUCCUGCACACCCAUGCGCCCGACGUGCUGCCCGCGGCGCUGCACCUGCUGGCCCCCGCCGACCACGCCAGCCCCCUCGCCACCCUGAUCUGCACCAUGGCCGCCCCCCACGCCCCCAGCAGCAACCACGACUCGGUGCUGCACCGCCUCACCCGCGCCACCGACACGCCCGCCCCGUGGCUCCUUGCCGCCUCUUGGGUCCACCACGCGGCAUGGUGCCGCCUAUGUGAGGACGUCAAGGUCAGCUGCCAGCUCAUUUCCCUGAACCAAGCCGUCUCCCAUACGGCGAGCCUGCCUGCGCCCACGGAAUAGGGGUUGCGUUCGAGGGGUUGCGGCACGCAACCCCUGGACACACGCGUGGCCCGUCAUCCCUUUCUUUUUGUUCAUGCGCGGGAUGCGUGCUUCGCCCGCAUCUAGGCCACGUCGCAUACGGGUGCCAAUAGCAUAGAGGUAUGGGUACUACGUGCGUGCGCGGGACGCUGCCCGCGCAGACCACGCACGGCCCGUCACCCCUUUUUGUUCAUGCGAGGGGGUGCCAUGUUCAUGCGCGGGCGAAGCCCGUCGCAUGGCAGAGAUAGAUAAUCCAUGAUACCUACUAAUAGCAACGGGGAGUUGUGGUAUUACUACAUAGUACGUUGUCUAAUGUCAUAGAGGUACGUUGUGUGUUACAUGGGUAAUGGUACUUGAUACCGUAUGCAAUAUGUGUGUGAAGUUGAUGGAGAGAGUAAUGGAUAAUAAAGGGUACGUAGGUAGAUGUGUGGGUGUUUGUAAAGGUAUGUUACAGGGAUAGAUGGUUGUUGUGUGGAGGGGGUUGCGUUCCGCAACCCCGGACUAGAGCAGGGGUCGCGUUCCGCGCCCCCUUUUCCCGUCUAAUGCAGCGCGCGCGGCGCGCACGCUAAAAGGAAAAGCAUCCUUUUCCUUUUAUAAUACGGUAAGAAGCCAUGAAUUCCCAUUCCUUACCCUCUCAAGUUCACACAGAACUCAUGGACCCCCGGCUGAAUUAUGACGGUGGUAUUUUGUGUGAAGUCGACACGGUACGAGACGGCCUUUAGACGGUGCGUGCCUAGGGUCAUAGCGGUACGCGUGCUGGUUUUGCCUGUUCCUGUGUGUAAUACUCACACAGAGAUAGAUAAUCCAUGGUACUGUCUAAUAGCAACGGGGAGAUAUGGUAUUACUACAGAGUACGUAUGCUAAUAGCAUAGAGGUACGUAUGCUAAUAACAUGGGUAAUGGUACUUGAUACCGUAUGUAAUACUUGUGUGAAGUUGAUGGAGUAAGAGAUGGAUAGUAAAGGGUACGUAGGUGUAUGUAUAGGUGUAUGUAGAGGUGUGUUAUAGGGAUAGAAGGUUGUUGUGUAGAGGAGUAUCGGUUAGAAAUUCUAUGGACUAGGGCGGGGGGCGCGUUCCGCGCCCCCUUUUCCAGUCUAAUGCAGCGCGCGCGGCGCGCACGCUAAAAGGAAAAGGAUGCUUUUCCUUUUAUAAUACGGUAAUAACCCGUUAAAAUACGUUUUCUAGCCUCUCAAGUUCACACAGGGUGCGUGCUUCGCCCGCACCCAGGCCACACAGUACCCCGGCCGGCCUCUAAAGCGCCCAAUGCGCGGGGCGAAGCCCCGUCGCAUGGCUGAAUUAUUACCGCGGUAUUCUGUGUGAAGUUGAAGGUGUACGGCGCGGCCUUUAGACGGUGCGUGCCUAGGGUCAUAGCGGUACGCGUGCUGGUUUUGCCUGUUCCUGUAAGAAAUACUCACACAGAGAUAGAUAAUCCAUGGUACUGUCUAAUAGCAACGGGGAGAUAUGAUAUUACUAUAGAGUACGUGGUCUAAUAGCAUAGAGGUAGCUAACUAAGUAAUGGUGUAUCUGUACUUGAUACCGUAUGUAAGAUGUGUGUGAAGUUGAUGGAGUAAGUAAUGGAUGUUAAAGGGGUAGUAUAUGUAUGUAUAGGUGUAUGUAAAGGUGUGUUGUA